CACAGAUCUUAACUAUGCGAACAUCAUUUAAUUUGCGUCUUAAUCGUUAUUACUGUAAAUUUCUUAUCUUUGUUUUGAUUUUUGUAGAUAAUAGAGAUGGAUCCAAACGCGGUGAAGUCCACUCUGUCCAAUCUCGCGUUUGGAAAGUAAUGGCUGCAGCUACUCGCGAUUAUCAGAAGGAAUUGCUUGCUCAAGGGAAGGCUCAACCAAAUGAGGAGGUUGACUUUGAUGGAUGAUCCUGAGUUGGAAAAAUUGCAUGCAGAUAGGAUUGCAGCUCUCAAGAAAGAAGCUGAGAAACGGGAGGGAGACAUGGAAGAAGAAAGGUCAUGGAGAAUACAGGGAGAUAAGUGAGGGGGGUUUCUUAGGUGAAGUCACUGGAAGUGAAAAAGUGAUUUGUCACUUCUACCACAAGGAGUUCUAUAGAUGCAAAAUGCACCAUUCUUUGUUACAAAACUGGCUAUCAAGACUUUGCCUUGUGUCAUACUUACUGUUCAGACAAGGAGUUGCAAUAGAUAGAUUGGUAGGAUUUCAAGAUCUGGGAGGGAAAGAUGAUUUUAGCACAAGAAUACUUGAGGCUCUACUGAUAAAGAAAGGCAUAAUUGCAGAGAAGAAAGAUGAGGAUGACAAAGAUAAUGAAUAUCCUGACAGUACACGUAGAGUCGUUAGAUUCUCCACAAUUGCUGGUUCUGAUUCUGAUUAA